GGCAUGCCGCAGAACAAGAGGCUUCACCUUCGUAUUUUUCCCCUGCUUUCCAGAUCUCGAUGAUUCCAAGGACUUGUUAGCCUGAACUUUCCCAAUGCAUUGAAGACAUGCGACAAACGGAUAUCCGCAAAGCUUACAUUUGCCGUUCUUUGACUCGUGCCUUCUCUUGGUUUUUAUAAUGUACGAGUUUCCAGCAACCUUCUGUUUAGCUCCGUUUUAAAGAGCCGUAUUUAUUUAUUUAAAAGUCAAAAAUGCUGCCUACAGUGGAUGCCGACUUUGCCAAUUCUACACAAAUCCCCGCUAACACCUCCUUGCCGUUAACUUUGGAAUCAAGAGCCCUGGCUCCUUCUGCUAUUAUGUUCGCUUUGGGGGUCUUAGGAAACCUCAUCGCCAUAGUGGUCCUAUGCACUACAAAAAAGGAACAAAAAGAAACAACUUUCUAUACUUUAGUGUGCGGACUCGCCGUGACUGAUCUCCUGGGAACUUGCUUUACCAGCCCCGUGGUAAUAGCGACUUACAUAACUGGUAAAUGGCCAGGAGGCUAUAUGUUAUGUGACUUCUUCUCCUUCUCCAUGCUGUUCUUUGGAUCAGCUGGGAUGUCCAUACUGUGCGCUAUGGCCAUCGAACGCUACCUGGCAAUAAAUCAUGCCUACUUCUACUCGCACUACGUGGAUAGGACAAUGGCAAGGCUGGCCCUUGCUGUCACCUACAUUAUAAAUGUUGUUUUGUGCAUUUUGCCAAGCUUCGGUUUCGGUGCUCAUGUGAGGCACUUUCCUGGCACUUGGUGUUUCUUAGACUGGAGGUCUGUAAACCCAAUUUCAGCAUCCUUUUCCUACCUGUACGGAGGAUUCAUGAUCCUGCUGAUUGCCGUGACUGUCUUGUGCAAUCUGGCAGUGUGCGGCUCACUCGUGCGGAUGAGCCAGAGAGCCCGACUGGUGCGAGCAGAGGUGUCCGGGAAAGAUGUGGGCAGACCCAGGCGACGCUUCCCGCGACUCGCCAACGCAACAUCAGCUGCUGAAAUCCAGAUGUUUUGGCUGCUUAUAUUCAUGACAAUUGUCUUUCUGGUCUGCUCAAUUCCACUUGUGGUGCAGAUAUUUAUAAAUCAGCUGUAUGGCCCUUCCAUUAUUUUAGCGGGUGGUAAACCAGACUAUCGCAAUGACCUCCUGGUUAUCCGCUUUGCCUCCUUCAACCCCAUUCUCGAUCCAUGGGUGUACAUCUUAUGUCGGAAGAACCUGCUGACCAAAGGCUGUGAGCGAGUGAAACGAACAGUGGGAAUUGCUAAAGAAGAUCACACCCGUAAAGUGGGCUGGAUUAGCGGGCAGCAUACACCUCCGUCAUAUAUCAACAGUGUCACUACUAGUUACGCGUCUCUACAGAUUCGUGAUGAAAGACAUGGCACCCAGAAGCAUGCUGAUGUGCGGACUAAAUCUUUUACUGAUUUUACCAUCCAGCAGACUUGGGAUCUGGACAUAUCUAAGUCUAACUUUCAUCCCUUCAGCCUUCACCAUGAUACAACUCUUGAUUUUGAUAAGCAUAAUAGUCCAUCCAAACCUGUUAUAUGUAAUAUUGUUCAAGAGACUUCCACCCCAGAGGUGAGUAAAUGCUGUGAACCUGCACAAGGACCACCUGUACAGCGGACACCGGACAGACAGUUUGAGAUGGUCACCUGCACCUUCAGCACGCCUACAUCAUGUGUGUCUGAGAAAUGCAUAUAGGGCAUUCAGCACUUUACUAGAUAUUAAAGUACAUAAAGUAUAAACUUGAAGUGCAAUGAUAUUUCAACCUGAUGUUUAGUUGAAAAUUUACAAAUGUCUUGCGCCACCAAGUGGCCAGCAGUUUUGAAGACCAGGUUUUCAUAAGAGUUUGUUCCCGUCACAUCUAAUGAAGGUUACACAUCCAAAAUGUUGUGUCUCUAACUGGACCUGCUGUUUGUUUCUUCAAUAAGAGUUUGUAGUGGUCUAAGGUAACUGUUGAGCAGCAAUCAGAUCAUUUCUUCUAUUAUUGUUCACCCAAAAUGUAAAGCAAUACAUCUUUAGGUUGCCUAUUUGUCAAAUGUGUAGCUUGACAGGAUAAACUGUAUUAAGGGAAGGUUUCAUGAUGAAACUCUAAUAAUACUGUGAAAGUAAGCAAAAAAGGCAUAUCUGAUGAGGCAAAACUGCUGUAAUGUGCAAAGAUGUAGCUGUGUUAACCGUAUCUUGUCGUUUAUUACAUAAACAUUUAAAAAUGAUGAAUCAUGACAGUAUUUCAGUGGCACUGGUAAAGAAGUGCUAACAAAUAAAGUCUUUGUUUAAUAGUGACACCAAGAGCAAAACUAUUUUUUUUCUCUAUUUGGUUUAGCUAUAACACUAACAUUACAAUAAGUUGCAAGCACAACAACUUGGUUUGAAUUAUAAAUGACAGUUCAUUUCUAAUGCUGUUGUGCCCUGAAUUAUUUAUCUAAAAAUGCGGCACAUUGCACUUCACAGUUAUAAUACCCUCGUGCAGUGUUAAUGACUGGGAAGAAUGCUCUAGUUUGUAACUUUAUAGGCUUGGUGUUGCUCCAUUAUUCACAUCUCUCUCAAACAAACAUCAACUAGCUGUAUGUGUUAAUGUUGCUGAUGAAUCAUGGCAAGCUACCGUAAAGAUGUUCAUUUCACACAGCAACCCAAAUGUUAGCAUACACGUAUCCUGUUAAGGGUCGCUUCCCAGGUUUCCUAUGUCUCCACUUAUUGUGCAUUCUCUUAUACAUUUAUAUUAAGCUCACACAAGGUAAUUGUCAUAAAUUUGCUCAUUUUGAUAAGUGGAUAAGUAUCUUUGUUAAAUACCGAAAGAUAAACUGAUAGUAAAUAGUUGAAUAAAUGUUAGUGCUUAUUUUGCAUAGCUCAGACAUGAUUAGGAAGCCAUAUGCACAUUGGGAUAGAUGAUGGAGCUGAGCGCAGUAAAUGGCUCACUAGUCUUGCCCGAGGGAGAAUUUUUUGUUUUGUGCGCUUGGUAAAAGGAAAUUUACUUUUAUUGCCUCCAUUUGUCCUAUUUAAGCACUGAAACACAAGGUUUGCAGGCAAUCUGCAAAAAAAAAAAUUUUAUUAUUAGGCUGAUGCCUUUAUCCAGUUGUAUUCUGAGAUACAAUUGGUCACAUUUCUGUUUGUUCCAGUUGGACCAUAGGCAGGUGAAGUGACUUGCUCAUGGUUACACAGUGCCAGUCGCAGGGUUUGAAGCCCAAAGUCUUAGUCACUACACCACAAUGAGUUGAUGGAGGUGCAUCUGGUGCUGAAAUUGCUCUUAAUAUCCUACUUGGUAAAUUGCAUUGACACACGUUUAAGGCAUUGAAUGGUGCAACUUCGAUGGCGGUGAGAGCAGCCCAUGGAAAUGCUUCUGGUCACACAUCUAUAAGUACUGUACGUCACUUGUUGUUAAAAUAUGAUAUGUAGUAAACAACAUUAAUUUAUAUUUGCCUUCCAAACAGAAAUAAAAUUGGAUGUGCCUGUAAAUGGAACUAU